UACUCGCUUUCCUCCGCGCGCUCAUGUCACCGAGGACAACGUGGAAACGCUUGUCGCGUGCCAAUAACAAUAAUAAAAAAAACAUGCCGUGUCGCAAAGGAUACUCGAGUUUUUAAUUGCAUUUGCGUAUAGUUUUUAAUUUUUUCCCCCUGUGGAUUAAAAGAACGGGACCGAGCAGUGACUCUGAGGAAAGAGAGAUGCUCAGGUGUCGGCGCCGUUAAACAAACUUUCUUGGCUAAAGUGUUAAACACGCGCGAGACGCCGACAGAGCGCGCGGAGGCACUGGACCUACACCUUAACACGGGAAUAAAAGAAAUAAAUAACAACAAACUGCACGAGCUACCAAGUUUCACUCAGAGCUAAAAAGAAGUUUUAUCAUUCUGGCAAGAUGGCUGGUUACACCAAAUCUGGAUCAUUUUAACUCCAAAAGCCUUAAAACCUUAAAGUGUUGUACAUUUUUAAAGCUUCAAUUUGACAGGAUUUGUUUUUUUAUGCUGUUACAGAACUGCAAAGACGCCCAAGAGAUGAUGUGUAGAUGUCAACAAAGACAGGAGCGAUGAUAAUUCCUCCUGCUGGUAAGAUUGAAGAGUAUUUUUGAGUUCGGAAAACGUCUUAGAUGAAAGUUAGCUGUGCUUUUUUUUUUUGUUUUUCAUCGGACGUUUUGGGAAAUCACCCAGCGUUCAGGGAUUGAUAUCAGGAUGCAUGUGAAAACCUACGACAAAAAAAAGUGACCCAGAUGUCUUGGGAACAUGAAUGGAGUUCCACCCGGAUUAUAGCGCUGUUAAAAGUUUCCCUCAGGGAAUGAUAUUUUCUGCCUGAAACAUCCGUCUGACCGAGUCCGUGAAGAAAAUGCUCCAUCUUGCUCUGAAUGACGCAUGGAUCUUCUCGACCGAAGCUGAAGGUUGGUUAACGUCGCACGCGCUCGAACAGCGGCCCAUACGCUGGCGCUAUGCUCUAGCGCCAAUAUGAGAGUCUUCGUGGCGCGUUGAGCUUCUCCGUGCCAGUCCACAUGCAGGCCAAGAAGCGCUACGUGCUAGCGUUGGCGGCAGUCUGCGCCAUGCUGCUCGCCUACAUCUGCACUCUACAUACCACAGAGCUUCAAACGCACAGCAGCGAGCCGCAUUUUCACGCCCUUCUUCAGCAUGCCGAGCAACCCUACCUGUUUCUGGAGGAAGUAGAACCAGAAGAGUACGGACCGCUGGUUCUGCUGCGGCGUGAGAUCCAAAACAACAUGUACAAGAGCCGCCGCUGUCGCAUGGACACGUGCUUCGACUUCGGUCGGUGUCAGGGUGCCUUCCGUGUCUACGUGUACCCGCCGGGCACGAGCGCGGUCACAGGAAUUUCUGAGAAUUACCGUAAAAUUCUGGCGGCCAUCGAGGACUCUCGGUUCCACACGAGUGAUCCGAGCGAGGCCUGCCUUUUCGUGCUCAGUGUGGACACACUGGACAGGGACAGGCUCUCACCACAGUAUGUGCAAGAUGUUAGAACUCAGAUCCAGAACCUUCCACUGUGGAAUGAUGGCAGGAACCACCUGAUCUUUAACCUGUAUUCUGGGACGUGGCCCGACUAUGCCGAGGAUUUGGGUUUUGAUGUAGGCCAGGCCAUGUUGGCCAAGGCCAGUGUCGAUGUUCAGAACUUCAGGCCCCAUUUUGACGUGUCCAUACCACUUUUUUCCAAAGACCACCCCCAGAAAGGCGGGGAGAAAGGUUAUUUGACCUCCAACAAUGUCCCACCUUCACGGAAAUACCUUCUGGUGUUCAAGGGGAAGAGGUACCUUACAGGAAUUGGUUCCGAAACCAGGAACGCUUUGUAUCACAUACAUAACGGGGAAGAUAUGAUUUUGUUAACCACCUGCAAGCACGGGAAAGACUGGGAGAAGCACAAAGACGCCAGGUGUGACCAGGACAAUGAAGAAUACUCAAAAUUUGAUUACCAGGAGCUGCUACACAACUCAACGUUCUGCUUGGUGCCUCGUGGCCGGCGACUCGGGUCUUUCCGUUUUCUCGAAGCCCUGCAGGCGGCGUGUAUCCCUGUAUUACUGAGUAACGGGUGGGAGCUGCCUUUCUCUGAGGUCAUCGACUGGAGUAAAGCCGCCAUCAUUGGAGAUGAGAGAUUACUCCUUCAGAUUCCCUCCAUCACCAGGUCUGUCGAUGCAGAACGAAUCUUGGCUCUGAGACAGCAGACUCAGUUCCUGUGGGACUCCUACUUCUCCUCCGUGGAUAAAAUUGUCUUAACCACAUUAGAGAUCAUCCAGGACAGGAUAUACACCUACACCUCGAGAAGCAUGCUGAUGUGGAACUCUCUUCCCGGUGGACUCUUCACACUUCCUCGGUUCUCUUCAUACCCCACCCUCUUCCCCUUUUACUAUGGAAUCCUGGGUAAGACUCCACAGCAGGAGUUCACAGCUGUUAUUCAGGCAGUUGCUCCUCUUCAGUCUCCUCAGCAGCCCAUCCUCAAACUCAUCAUCGCUGUUGCCAUGUCCAAGUUCUGUGCUCAGAUCAUCGUGUUAUGGAACUGUGAGAAACCUUCACCUCCCAGAAGCAAAUGGCCAUCCAUCAGCGUCCCUCUGACCAUCAUUGAGGAAGAGAGGAAGACGAUGAGCAGACGUUUUUUCCCUCAUGAUGUCAUCAAGACUGACGCCGUGCUCAGCCUGGACGAGGACUCGGUUCUGUCCACGAAUGAGGUGGAUUUCGCCUUCAUCGUGUGGCACAGUUUUCCUGAACGGAUAGUCGGAUAUCCGGCACGCAGUCAUUACUGGGACGCCACCAAGGGGAGGUGGGGCUACACCUCCAAGUGGACCAAUGAGUACUCGAUGGUGCUGACAGGCGCUGCCUUCUACCACAGGUACUAUCACUUCCUGUACACUCACUACCUGCCCAGUCGACUCCUCUCCAUGGUGGACCAACUCGCCAACUGUGAGGACAUUCUCAUGAACUUCCUUGUCUCCACGGUAACCAAGCUGCCGCCAAUCAAAGUCACACAGAAGAAACAGUACAAGGAGACCAUGAUGCAACAGGGUUCUAAGUCAUCCCGGUGGGCCGACCCAGAUCACUUCGCUCAGCGUCAGUCCUGCAUGAACUCCUUCGCCGCCUGGUUCGGCUUCAUGCCGCUCAUUCACUCUCAGCUCCGUUUGGAUCCGGUACUGUUUAAAGACCAGGUCUCCAUCUUACGCAAGAAAUACAGGGACAUCGAGAGACUGUAGAGACGCAUGACUCGGCCUCUGAACCCUCGCAUCGACACAAAGGUCUGGAAUCGACGGACGCUUUUCGUGAGUGACGGAUGUGUUGUGAGUCACCAGGAAUUGGCCUCACAAAUAUAACGUCUGCAAAGUCAUUUCAUUUCAAAUAUAUGCAACUCCGGGUUUUUAUCUUGUUUAGCGGCUCGGAGAUUUUUCAUUCUCGUCAUAUUACGUCAUCUGCAGAGACCGCCGUUAUUCCCAGGACAAACCUGGAGGAAGGAAAGACGGCCUGAAAAGUCUAGGCCACGGCGAGGACGUCCAAAAUCACACCAAUGCCUGCAAUACGUACAUUCGGUUCCCUUAUUUUUUGUACGAUUUUGCCUUUUUUUAAAAGAAGCCUAAAGUCAAAUAAAAUCUCUGAAUGCCACAGAAGAGACUGCUGAUUAAAUGUGUCUCGGCUCUUGUCUCUGAGGUUAUAAAAAGUCUGUUUUUGAUCUC